GUGACAAACAAACGAGAAAAGCGAGAUGUUGCCAAACAGCCACGGUGCGUGCAGCGGAAACCUGGAUUGGAACGACUGGGCAGCCGAGAUGAAGAUGCCUCCAUGCUUGUGCCCGCGAAACAUGGGCACAUCAGAUCGAGCACUUGGAUAGAUACUCGAAGCGAGCCUGCCACAUUACCCAAAAGCCCUAGCGUGCCGUUGCUACUACAGAACAUGCAUUCGCACAACGCUAAACAACUGGGCGAAGAGCGAAGGAAACAGGAGCUCGAAGAACAGAGGGUACUGUGGGAGUCUACGCUUCCUAAAUCUCCCCUAGAUCAUAUUGGAGGUUUCGCUACCGGACACCAUCUCGACCAUGUGCAUCCUACAGGCAUGCGCUAG